GGUUCGCCAUUCAGUUCAGGGAAAGAAGCGCUUCCGGAACGUGAUCCUUAAUCACAGUAAGAAACGUUUUAUUAACAACGUGACAAAUGACGAAGUCAAGGAAUAUGAAAAGAGAGAAGAUAAGUGUUGCAAACGAGAUUGACCUUGUCGAAGAGCGACUACUGCUUUGUCGGGGCACUCUGGGGAGGGCAGAGUUCAGAUUUCGUCGGGAGCAACUUUCAGAUGAGGACAGGCAAGCCCUGGAAGACGAAAUGACGAUCAUUAACGAGAGGAUAGAGAAAUACGAGGAGGAUCUGACGGUGCUACGACGAGAGAACAGGAGAAACAUGAUGCUUUCAGUGGCCCUGUUGACCGUCAGUGCUCUUCUCUAUUAUGUCUUUGUCUACUAAGGGCAGCUGUUAUGCUCAUGCUUGUGUACCAGUGACACAUUCCGUGAGUCUUUUUUUGGAAGGCAACAGCUGACUAUGAUUUUUGUUUCAUAACACUGUCAUACUGCAUUAUGAUGAAGGCUGUGUAAAUGAAUCGGCAGUUCAAAUACUGUUUACCGUUAACACCACUGCAUACAAAAAUGCCUUUUAGAUGUUUAAAUGCUGUAUUAUGACUUCAGUGUAUGGGCCAUGGUUGAGAUGUGUAAGAUGUGCAUGGUCUAUGUACAAAAAAACAGUGUAAACUUGUACAGAUGUAAUGCAUAACUAUCUUAGAUUGUGCAGUACUUGCCAAAACAUAGGUCCUAAGUUUACAUGUGCAUCUUCUACAUCUUCCAAAAAUGUUCAUAUUCAUAUUCUUUAUUGUUCCUGUCCAAGAUCCCUUUGGUAUUGGCUCUUUUCAGUAAUGCAUACCUAGUGUUGGCCUGUGUUGGGAUUAGCGGGACUGCAGAAGUAAGCUUCACUGUCUGAUUCCUUUUGCAUGAAGGGUUUUAGGCGGCAUGGCAUUUUUGGGUUAUAUGAAAGCUAGCAGCACUGUUUAGUCUUUUUUCUUUCAAUACUUGAAAUCAGGUUAGGGUCUGAACCUGACUACAGUUCUGUUAAUAAUACCCUUAAGUCGCAUAUG